CUCCUGGUUUUUCUGCCCUGAGCACCAGAUGCAGGCAGACAUUUGCUCCUGUUUCUGAAGGAGGAGAGCAGGUCAACUCUGCAGGCCUCUUUCAGACAGCUCAUUUGGAACAGAACCCUGCCUGCAAAAUCAAGGCUUUCCAAUUCCCUGGCUAUCCCUAGGGACCAUUGGCUACAGACCAGGCCUCAUGAAAACCUCAAAGGCAUCCCAGCGCUACAGAAGCAUUCGGAGAAACGCCAGCCAGUGUUAUCUCUACCAGGACUCCCUGCUUCUUGGUAACUCCGAUGACAGCUUUAAUGCUGAUGAAACGGGAGACAGCAGUGAUCCGGAACAAAUCUUCCAGAAUAUACAGUUUCAGAAAGAUCUCAUGGCAAAUAUCCGCUGCAGACCCUGGACCAUGGGGCAGAAACUGCGGGCACUGAGACGAGCCAAGGAGAUUGUGCUGAAGUUUGAAGGGAGGCUGACCAGGACUCGAGGCUACCAGGCAGCAGGAGCAGAGCUCUGGCGGAAAUUCGCCCGUCUGGCCUGUAACUUUGUGGUCAUCUUCAUCCCCUGGGAAAUGAGGAUAAAGAAAAUUGAGAGUCACUUCGGGUCUGGUGUGGCCUCCUACUUCAUCUUCCUGAGGUGGCUAUUUGGGAUUAACAUAGUGCUCACAGUGAUGACCGGUGCCUUUGUUGUCCUUCCCGAGCUGAUCGCAGGCCAGCCCUUUGGAAGUACAGCCAGCAAGACCAUUCCCCGGGAGCAGAUCACAUCUGCACAGGAUCUGGACACUGUCUGGUCCCUGGGGGGCUACCUUCAAUACUCCGUCCUGUUCUACGGGUACUACGGAAGAGAGAGGCGGAUCGGGAGAGCCGGCUACCGCCUGCCCUUGGCGUAUUUCCUGGUGGGGAUGGCAGUGUUUGCUUACAGCUUCAUCGUUCUCUUAAAAAAGAUGGCUAAGAACUCCCGCACCAGCCUAGCCAGUGCUUCCAAUGAAAAUUACACCUUCUGCUGGCGGGUGUUUUGUGCCUGGGAUUAUCUCAUUGGGAACCCAGAGGCUGCAGAAAGCAAAACAGCUGCCAUCUUGAACAGCAUUAGGGAGGCCAUACUGGAAGAGCAAGAAAAGAAAAAAAACAAAAACAUGGCGGUGACUGUCUGUCUGAGAAUCAUUGCCAACAUCCUGGUGCUCCUCUCACUGGCUGGAAGCAUCUAUCUCAUCUACUUUGUGGUGGACCGGUCCCAGAAGCUGGAGCAGUCGAAGAAGGAGCUGACACUUUGGGAAAAGAAUGAGGUAAGCGUGGUGGUCUCCCUCGUCACCAUGCUAGCACCGUCUGCCUUUGACCUCAUCGCUGCCUUGGAGAUGUAUCAUCCACGGACGACACUGCGCUUCCAGUUAGCAAGGGUCCUGGUACUGUAUUUAGGAAAUCUCUACAGCUUGAUCAUUGCUCUUCUGGACAAAGUGAACAGCAUGAACAUUGAGGAAGCUGCUACUAAAAACAUAACAAGCCACUGGGCAGAUGCUCCCACCUUCUCUGCCACCAGGACAGUGCCUGAAGAAGGGCAGUGGCCCACACCUGGAUCAGGAGCGGAGCUCAGGAGAAACACUAGCACAUGGGUCGUAGAAGAGACAAGCUUUCUGACUUCUAUCACGCCACAUACAAAGGCCAACAAGACAGUGCCCUACAUGCAGGGCCCACAAGGCCAGUGCUGGGAGACAUAUGUCGGCCAGGAGAUGCUGAAGCUGUCUGUCAUCGACAUGCUCUUCACUGUGGCCAGCAUCCUCCUCAUAGACUUCUUCCGAGGACUUUUUGUUCGCUACCUAAGUGACUAUUGGUGUUGGGACCUUGAAAGCAAGUUUCCUGAAUAUGGAGAAUUCAAGAUUGCCGAGAAUGUGCUGCACCUUGUCUACAAUCAAGGCAUGAUUUGGAUGGGGGCCUUCUUCUCUCCGUGUCUGCCAGCAUUCAAUGUUCUUAAGCUCAUUGGGCUGAUGUACCUGAGGAGCUGGGCGGUGCUGACCUGCAAUGUACCCCACCAGCAAGUGUUUCGAGCUUCCAGAUCCAACAACUUCUACCUGGCAAUGCUCCUGUUCAUGUUGUUCCUUUGCAUGCUGCCCACCAUUUUUGCCAUUGUCCACUACAAGCCGUCUCUGAACUGUGGUCCCUUCAGCGGACAAGAGAAAAUUUAUGACAUCGUGUCCGAGACGAUAGAGAAUGACUUCCCGACCUGGUUUCACGCUGUAGUUGGACAUAUCAGCAGCCCCGUGGUGAUACUUCCAGCUGUGCUGCUUCUGUUCAUGCUCAUCUACUACCUUCAGAGCAUCGCGAGAUCACUCAAGCUCAGCAGCCAGCAACUCAGGAUGCAGAUCCAAAAUGCGAGAUCUGAAGAUAAGAAAAAGGUUGCCCAAAUGGUAGAGGCUCGAAUCCAGACUCAUGAGGAAAGCAGCAAGAGGCUUCUAAAGGACAGCGACCUUAUCAGCCAGCUGUCCUCAGUGUAUAUGGCAACAUCCCCAAACAAUGGCCAUAUGCUUAACUUCGACUCUCUGAGUAGCAAGAGCCUCAGGAUGGAGGCAAUCACAAGGUCCCUGCCACAGAGUCCUGGACAAGGGUCCAGGGACCCCUGCUCUCCUCUUCUAGAUGGAUCUAGGUCAAGGCCAGAGCAGGACACCAACAGGCAUCCACAUAGGCCAUGUUCCAGCACAAGCAACCUCCACAAGAACAGAUCCUGCUCAUCUGUGACACAGACACAGCCCCUCAAAGAUGUCCGCUCAGAGCCUCUUUCCCGGAAAGACUUUCAGCCAAUCAGUCCUCCUUUCUGUGGAUCUGGGGUCUCUACCUUGAUGACACAUGACCACAGUCCCCGUGCUCCCAGGUACUAUGUGGUUAAUGAACGUGACUCUCACAAAAAGACCCACCGAGCUUUCUGGCCAGAAAGGCAUUUCAAGAUAGAUGCUUUAGGUGACAUUGUAGAGCUGUACCCCAGGAAUGUGCAGCAGUACAUGUCCUGGGUUCCCAACCAGCCUUGCUCUCCACAGCUGAGUGAAGAAGAGGAGGAGAUGCUCAGGAGAGAUUUGGUCCAGUGGUCAAUCCCUGCUAGCUCCCUGACAGACCUGCCUCGGUCUUCUUGUUUUUACACUGGUGACAGAUCAGAAAAUAACACCAGAGACCCUAAAUACCAGCGAAGGGUGUACUACAGAUCUGGGGAUAAUAGUUUUGAAGACCAGCUUGAGAGGCCCACAUUUGUACACAGAAAGCCACGAUCCAGGAACGGCCAAUACCCACAGCAUGCCCUGAAGGCCAGAGUCAAGGCCAAGUUCGAGCCGUCCUUCACAGAAUCUGAUUCUGUGUCAGCAGCAUCCAGCAGUGACCAUCAAAACAGCAACAAUGACCAAUACCUGCAUGUCAUGUCCAGCCAGGGCAGAUUCCCAAGGUCUGCCAGCCAGCUGGGCAGGAGGAAGGCCAAGUCCAGGCAGGUACUACCCACAGAUCUAAAUGAUCUAAUUUGUUCAAAUGUCUAGGCGGUUCAAAUGUUCCAUGUCCCUUCCUAAAGACUGGAUCUCUUUGGAAAUAUUGAGGGCACAUGGUCCCACCCUUUCUGUAAGAGAGGAUCUAUCUGUGAGGUGUUAGAGAUCUGUGGGGCUUUUUUAGGCUUAUGUAUUGAUGCUGUCUGAGGUUCUGAGACCCCGAGGGCUGUAAUUUCCUAUUCAAAGCAAUGAGGCGUGCAUGACCAUUCUCAGUGUUUAUUUACAUUAACCAUAUCAGGCUGUCAUUUCAAGAAAAUGACAGGCCUUUGAUUCCAUUCAGGGUGUUCAUGCUCACCUGCAAGCCAGAUAUCUCAUCGGGACUGCAAAAACAGUCAUCACCCUUUUCAUCGUUAAUAAUAUUGAGUGAGUGCUUUGCACUAUGGUCUUUUGACAUACACAUAUCAGCACUCCAUAGUGAGCACCCAAAAUCGGGUGGCUACCCUUGAAGUAUUCAGAGUACAUAGUUUAUGAGGACAAUCGGUUUAGUAAUGGCCGGUGUCAUAUGCUGCAAACUUAUUUAACUCUGUAUUACUCAGUCAUAGUACAGAUUAGAAAUGAUCCCAAGUUUAUAGCUGGGCUUUCCUGGUUCACUGGGAAGGAUGGGAAUUGAGACUUGGUACCAUGCUCCGCUGGAACUGAGGUUCAAACGUCCCCAAGACCACCUGUCUUUUUCACCUCUCAGCUCUGAUUCUGUGUUUGCAGAUCUUGUUUCCCCCCCCCCCCCCCUGUGCCAAAGGACUUCACUUCAGGUAGAAGGUGAAGAAUUCAGUUGCAGAGAUGCCAGGCCUGUAGCCUCCACCUAACGAGCCCACAAAAAAAGAGCAAGGCUGACAUUAUCUGCUUCCCACUGUGUCUUCUCACAAGGAGUUGUUCUUUGGCUCCCCUGACAGGCCCUGUGAAGGGCAGCUGUGUGUGCUCCACCCCACGGUAACCAGCUUGGUGCCUUGACUCCUAUUUUCAUAUUGCUUUUUAAAAGCUCUGACAGUUAAUAUUUCUGUCUCCUCUACUAUUCUCUGAACAUCUGGGACAAAAGUGGCACCAUGGUUCUACAUUCCCAGUAACUGACACACUUCAGAUAUCUCAUGUGUGUUUCCUGUCACUGCUGUCAAUUAGAAUAACAAUGGGGACCCUCCACACAUUGAAUUUCUUUGGAAACAGAGAGCAUCACAUUGACCAUUGAUGAUACCAUGGUCUGGUAAGCCAUGAACCCAUGUAGCAUCCAGAGUAAAGGAAUGGUUUCACAAGUCAAUGAAGCUCUUUCAGUCAGCUCUCCGUGUUAGUGAGAUCAGCAGCAAGGGUGGCACCAUCCCAAGGCCAGACAGAUGUCCUUGCAGAGGUACAGUCUGUACAAACUUGUGGUAACCCUAGUGCCAGACUGAGAUUCCAGGCAGAUCUUCUGUUUUCAGGUCCAUGUGCACCAAACUCCCUGCUUCACAAUCCCCAUGCUUCAUUUGCUUACUUGUCAGAGCAAUUCCACUCUGAUUCUUGUGACUUUCACACCAUAAUUACAAACUAAGUGGCUUCAGAGAAUGCACACUUGUUGGGAGUGUAGGCACGGCUGGCUGGGUCCUCUUCUCCCGGUCUCACCAGGCAGCGGCUGAGGCAACAGUCGAGGUUGACAUCUCACAGAGGCCCCAAGCCCUCUUCCAGUCUCAUGUGCUUCUUGGUCAGAUGCCCAAGCCUUGAGGUUCUAGAGCUUCCUGCAUGUCCCUGCUACACAACAUGGCUAAUGGAUCUUCACUGGCCGUAUAAUGUGUCCCUAUUCGGUUUCCAGUCCCUAUUAGGAGGGAUAAUAUGGGUCCUCACUUUACAAGCUGAAAACCCUUCUUCCUGAUUCCUAGAAGUUGGCUCAUGGGGGACUUUAAUCAUAGCAUCAAGGCCACUUCACCUUUUCUGUAUAACAUAACCCCACCAUAGGGUGAAAUUUCAUACUGUCCAGGACAUUCCACAAGCCAUCCAUCCCAAAGAGGCAGGACUCUUGGAGGCCUGCCACAAAUACGUAAUACCUUGCUAGAUGUAAAUGGAUGAAUGUCCUAAUGACUAAAUCACAUAUGGUAAGGCCACAUGCGAUUAGAGGCUAAGAUAACUCCCAAUGCGAACCAAGAAGGUUUGUGUAAAGAUUGGUAUUUGCAAAGUCCACACAGAUAAUCUCCCUCACAGAACUCAGGAGGAUGAGUGUACAAGUUUUCAAAUUCUAUGUCAAGUUGGCUCUAAGAGGUGAUGGUCUAGAUGGUUCUGCAGUGCCUGGAAUGUCCUUUAGUGACAGAGGUACCCACAGCAGUGCCACAGUGAGGAGGCCUAUCCCAGGUUCUGGGGUUAGGACUGAGGCCUGGAGUUCCCUGGGACAUGGAAGUAGGUUAGGGAAGCCAAACCUAUUUCCAGACACAGGCAGGAUCAGCAACCUGUGCUACAAGGAGAGGAGAGAGCAUGAGCAAACCUGGGGCAUUAUAAGAAAACAGAGGCAUCCCAUAACACAGCCAGGGCUGACGUGUGAGUUUGGGGCAUGAAUAUAUGGUACCUUGUAUUAGAUGAUUCCAACUUAGAAAAAUUAGGAGACCCAAUAAUACAAAAUUGAGUGUGGGGAGCACCCAUAUUCCCCUUGCAAGGGUCAACAAAUGUUUGUAUUUUGUUUCCAUGGAGCCAUUUGGUUUUAAUAAUAAAGCACUAUAGAGCUGUAUCUGGAAGGCCGAAACAGGAGGAAUGAACCACAAGUUCAAGGUCAUCUUGAGCUACACAGUGCCAGGCUAGCCUGGGCUACAUGAGAAUAAUCAGAAGAGAGAGAUAAUCAGAUUCUCUCUUGUCUUCACACUAGAGGUCCUCCUUCUCACGCUGUCAAGAGCUCACUUUCAGUAGAUUGUUGUUGUUGAAAUACUAAAUAAUCCAGGAGCAGGGUUCCUUCCGACCUUAGACCAUUUAUGUUCCUGGAUGAAAGACACACACAUAGCCUUUAUAUUUUAAUAUGCCGUAUGCAGCACAAUACCUGGGCAACUGCCUAGCCUCCAUGCUGUUAGAGUCUACUUUCUAUCCAUAACUCCAUUAUUACUUACUAUUUCAACUGGGCUGCUACUAGCUCCAAUUGGCCAGCCCACAUGACUAUGCUUUCUGGCAUCUUUUUCCUUGCCCGCACUCUAAGGCAUGGCAGCUCUCCCCCCCCCCCCCCCACCUGCUCCUUCUUCAUGGUCCCAAGCCCAGGAAACCUAAACCCUACCUAUGUCUCUUCUCCCCAACUAUUAACUUCUGGCAUCUUUAUUUGCCAAUCAGAAUUAACUGGGAGUAGUGUCCCUCAGUGUCUUACCUGUAGACUUUCUCAUACAAAUAGUUUUGGGGGACCCAAAUUAACAUUAGAAGCAUUAACCUACAAGAAGCAUUAAGCCAAACCCACUACAUAUUGUCGUAUUUACAGAUACUGUAUUGUGAAUAUAUGCAUAUAAGCAUCCAUAGGUGAUACCUAGGUCUUAAUUCAAUACUAUUAUCCUAUAUCUAUAACCAUAUUUAUUUGUAUUUGGAGACAUAGCACAGGAGAAUGCAAAGAUGAAUCUCCCUAUGUCAGCUGGGUAGUGUUUCAUUAUUCGGAUAAACUAUAUGAUAUCUCUUCUUUUCUCUUUAUGAUGGGAAUUUCUGUAUCUUCCCUACUGAAAAUAUGUGCUAACUAUCUUUUGUGUGUUUUCUUUGAGGUUAUUAGUUCUAUAAAAAAAGAAACUUGAGCCUGUGGCAGACGAACAUAAUAGGUUUUUCCAGUUUCCUCUUUAUUAGUCUUUGCAAGCCCAUGUGUUGCAUCUCCUGCCUUGGCAGGUGAUGGGAAUGUUUUCCUUAGAGGCUCCCCAAGAACCUAAUCUUGCUACGUUAUGCAAUUCUUAUCAAUCUGAUGAAAAAGUAAUAAAUCAAAUGGUUUUAUUGCC